CAUUAUCAAAUCCUCCGAGAAGCCUCCGAGCUGGAAGAAAAUGGGCACCAUUGCUGGCAUUAUCCUCGCAACAACUCCGUUGACAAGACCUCGAGGACUCGUCGGGAAUUUCCUGAAUCUUCACUGCCCUUCCCUCAAAUUUUCCCUAUUCAGAACCACCUCCAACACAGCCAUGGCCGCCGCGCCUUUCCAUGUCUCCGCCGCCGCAUCGUCGCCGUCAUCCGCCAUUGAUGAAGAGAAGGAGGUAACUUCUUCUGGGAAGGUGGGAGCCGAUGACCUGCUGAUUGUGGGGCCGGGGAUUCUUGGGCGCUUGGUGGCACAAAAAUGGCGGGAGGAGCAUCCUGGGUGUGAAAUAUAUGGGCAAACAGUGACCGUUGAUCACCACGAGGAGCUGAGUGAGGAGGGUAUUAAUCCAUGUUUGAAGGGGACUAAAAUGACCCACAAGUUUCCUUAUGUCAUCUUUUGUGCGCCACCAUCGAGAACCUCAGACUACCCUGGUGAUGUUAGAAUGGCUGCAUUGAACUGGAACGGUGAAGGUUCUUUUCUGUUUACAUCAAGCUCUGCACCGUAUGAUUGCAACGACAAUGGUCCAUGUGACGAGGACACUCCAGUAGUGCCAAUAGGGAGGAGCCCCAGGACGGAUGUCCUACUUAAAGCAGAAGAAGUUGUGCUGGAGUUUGGCGGUGUUGUUCUUAGAUUGGCGGGGCUUUACAAAUCAGAUAGAGGUGCACAUGUUUAUUGGUUAAAGAAGGGGAUCGUAGAAGCUCGUCCAGAUCACGUCCUGAAUCUUAUACAUUAUGAGGAUGCAGCUUCCCUCUCUGUUGCAAUCUUGAAGAAGAGAUUACAUAACCGGAUCUUCUUGGGUUGUGACAAUCAUCCAUUGUCCAGGCAAGAAGUAAUGGACUUGGUUGCUAAAAGUGGGAAAUUCUCUAACACGUUUGAGGCCUUUACAGGAACCAGUGAUCCCUUGGGUAAGAGAUUAAACAACUCAAAAACUCGUCAGGAAAUAGGGUGGGAGCCAAAGUACCCCAGUUUCGCACACUUCCUCGAGAGCAUCUGAAUUACUGCCAGCAUCUAUCUGCAUUGUUGGUAUCUGAUUUAGUGUUGAGAAGCAUUGGUUUAAGGCAACCCAAGGAACAUUCGCCAUGGAGCUGCCAAAGAAGGUCUUGCAUUAUCCAACCAUUGAAGCUGUUCGACGGGUUUGAACAUUUAACUUUAUGCAUCUCUGUACAGGUAGCUGAUGUAUGCAAUUGGUACUUGAGUACAUGCAUCACCCAUGUCUCUAAAUUUUUUCUGCGUUUAAUUUGCUGUUGCAUAAUAUUUCAUCUUCUUAUGUUGAACUGGAACAGAACAUGUUUCUUCUUGAUUUUUGCAUGAAUACUCGAUGGUCGAUUGCAAUGCAA